AAGUUGACCACCUAAGCACUGCCACAAGUAAACAGAUAAUCACCAAACUCAAAGGACAUUUUGCAAGAUAUGGCAUACCAAGUGAAAUGGUAACUGAUUGUGGUUCACAAUUUAUUUCCUCCGAGUUCAAGACCUUCACCAAACACUGGGGAAUUAAGCAUGUAACAUCGUCACCCCUCCAUCACCAAUCGAAUGGAAAAGCGGAAGCUGCGGUUAAAACUAUAAAGCUAAUGAUGAAGAAGUCACUGCGGGACAACACUGGUCAAUAUGAGGCUUUACUCGAACUGAGAAACACGCCACGCCAGGGUACUGGGCAAAGUCCAGCUAAAAUGAUGUUUCGUCAAGCAACACAAGCAUUUCUACCAGCCAUAUCGAACACAAAAUCAGAAUGGGCGAGAAAUGCAACACAGAAGAGAGCCAGACACCGCCUUCUGGUUAUGCAAAGUUAUGACAAAGGCGCUCGAGACCUGAAACAACUGUCACCUGGUCAGCCGGUGUACUACCAACACACAGAAGGAAAGAAGUAUGACUGGAGAAGAGGAAAAGUACGUGCCAAACAUAGUGAACGAUCGUAUAUCAUUGAAGGAAAGAAUGGUGUAUAUAGAAGAAACCGAGUUCAUAUACGCCACACGACAAGUGAAGUCAACAAAGAUAACAGUAAAGACAACAAGGGAGAAGCAGAG